AUGGACCGCUUUUCGUGGUCAAAUGGGCUCUUAGAAAUAAACGAAACUUUAGUGAUUCAGCAACGAGGUGUCAGACUGUAUGACGGUGAUGAUAAGGCUAAACUGGAUGUUGGAGUUGCCUUGUUGAGCACCCAUCGUUUGAUCUGGAGGGACGUUAAAAAUCAUGAAUGCUGCAUAGCCAUGCCCCUGUCACAGAUUCUCUUAUUUGAGGAGCAGGCUGCAGGGAUAGGAAAGAGUGCCAAAAUAGUCAUCCACCUGCACGCAACACCUGACAACAAGGAGCCGGGUCCCUACCAACACAGCAAGUAUCCCUUCAUCAAGCUGUCCUUCAAAGAGCACGGGCAGAUAGAGUUUUACAGGAGGCUCACGGAGGAAAUGACUCAGAAGCGAUGGGAGAAUACUCCAGUUUCACAAUCCAUCCCAACAGGAACUGUCUCUCAGGCAGGAAGGACACGUGCUGUGGGGAUUGUUGGCAUUGAGAGGAAGAUAGAGGAGAAGAGGAAAGAAACAGACAAAAACAUUUCUGAGGCCUUUGAGGACCUCAGUCAGCUGAUGGUGAAGGCCAAAGAGAUGGUGGAGCUGUCCAGAUCUAUAGCCAACAAGAUCAAAGACAAACAGGGAGACAUUACAGAAGAUGAGACGAUACGGUUCAAGUCCUACCUACUGAGCAUGGGUAUUGCUAACCCUGUUACCAGGGAUACAUAUGGAUCAGGUACACAUUACCAUAUGCAGCUGGCAAAGCAGCUGGGAGAUAUGCUCCAGGCCCCUCUAGAGGAGCGUGGGGGUAUGAUGGCUCUCACUGAGGUGUACUGUCUCGUCAACCGUGCUAGAGGGAUGGAGCUUUUAUCUCCAGAAGAUUUGGUAAACGCCUGCAAGAUGUUUGAGUCGUUAAAGCUCCCGUUGAGGCUGCGUGUGUUUGACAGUGGUGUGAUGGUGGUCCAGCUGCAGUCUCACAGCGAAGAGGAAAUGAUCGCCUCAGCACUGGACAAUGUGACCGACAAAGGCUCUUUGACUGCAGAGGAGUUUGCAAAGCUCUUGGGUCUCUCUGUUCUUCUGUCUAAAGAGCGGUUGUUGCUGGCUGAGAAGGUGGGCCACCUGUGUCGAGAUGACUCUGUUGAGGGUUUGAGAUUUUAUCCAAACCUCUUUUGACCUGGUUACAGUCAUUGUUGUUGAGAUAAAAAAAAAUAAAAAACGUAAACUGGGCUGCACUGUCUCUGCUGGUAGACUGAUGCAGUACCACUACAUGUACAUGUGGUGUACAGCAGCUGAGUGCGUGCUGUACUUUGAGCACAAUAAUGAAUUUAUCCAGUCUGGUCAUGAUUUUUGAGCAGUUGGUGUUGUUAGUGCUAGAUCUCUGAACAUACACUGUAUGUGCUACCAGCUCUUUUCUAUCUAGGUCUAAAGAGCUAGACUAGUCUUUAAGACAUACUUUUCCAGAAACUGUUCAAAAACCUGCAAAUAAAUACUGUACCUGCAGCAAAGUGUUCCCAGGUUUGCUCUGCUUCAUAGAGUGAUUAUCACGUGCGUUUAGUAAUAAAUGGGUUAGGGAAAAAAGACUUAAGGGAAUAUACUGUGUACUUCUUUUUCACACAUUCUUGUGUCACAGAGCGUAUACCUUUUUUUUUUUUUUACAAGUAGUGCGGGUUGUUAUGAAAAGUCUAUAGCCACUGAUCACAUGUUUUCCUAAACUAAAAUAUAUUUCUGCAAUAAAUAAUUACGGAAUGAA